AUGAAUGACAUGUAUUCUCGUUCUUCAUUAGGAUCAGUUAAUAUCCUUAAAUCAGAAAGAAUUUAUUUUAAAGCAAUUCGUUCUAUUAGUUUGCAAUUAUGUACAUGUGCAUUAAUUAUAAAUUGGUUACGUUUAGGAUUUAUAUAUUUAUUUCCAAAAGUUUAUCCAAAUUUAAUUCAAUCGUCAUUAAAUUUAUGUAUAACAGAAAGUUUUUUUCUUCAUGUUUUAACAUUUUUUCAUCUACAUUUAAUAAUAUGUUUACGACUUUAUUGGCAUUAUUGUUUUAUAUUUGAAAAAUAUUGGCAAACAAUAACAUACCGUCGAAUUUUAUUUAUUCUUUUAUUUACUUUUAUUUGUUUAUGUUUAUUUACAUUGCCAAGUAUCAGUAAUGAUUGGGCAUCAAUUAUAUAUGAUGAAAUUUUACAAAUUUGUAUUGUUAAUUAUCUAUUUCACUAUUCAUAUACGUUUUUUGUAUUAACAUUUACUUGUUUAAUACCAUUUGUUUUAAUAAUCAUAUCUCAUAAAUUACAAAUGAAAGCUAUUGAAAAUCGAAUAUUUAAAUAUAUUUCAAUGGAUGAAAAAUUAAAUCUUUCUCAACUAAAAGUUCAAUUUCAAUAUUCUUCCUAUAUUAUUCUUAUUUGGUCUUUUAUCAAUAUUUUACUUUCAAUAUUUCUACAUACACCAAUUAAAUAUUUACAAAUAAGAAUUAUUUUAUAUUAUUCACAAAUAUAUUCAUUUCUAUUAGAUCCAAUUAUAUAUAUAUUGAUUUUACGUUCAUUACCUACAAUUACUUUAUUAAGACCGACAAAUAAAGUUUAUUUCAUUUAA